AUGUCCCUGGGCUUCAGAACGGUAUGGAGAGCUCAUACCUGUGCCUUGACCGCCAGUGGGCUCUCCUUGAGUCCCAGGGAACUUCCUCGAGUCCUCCACCAUUACCAGAGGUCGCAACUCAACCGAUGGCAGUCGACCAACUCGGCCGAGCCGAAGAGGCACGAUACAUCAACCCCGGUACCCAAUGAUCAUUCUGUCAGCCAAUUCCGGCGUGUGUCACCCUCUUUGCAGAAUGAGGAACGCGACGAACCCGAGCGUGAGCAACUCUCGCCAUCUGCACUGAGGCGGUUGGCCAUUCACCGAGUUAUCAAAAAGAGCAGAAAGCGGAAGAUCCAGAACAAGAACCCUGCAUUGAUAAAGUCGCGGCAGUGGUACCCGAGCAGGCACGAAGUUGUCAGGAGUGAUCGAAAGAGCUACCUCAGCAAGGCGCGGCAAGAUCUUUGGGCUUUUCAACGCGCCAAAGACGACAAUCCCGGAGUCGACUGGCUUAGCACCGCGCAUUUUCUAUCGAAACUUACGCCCAAGUUUGGCUCCAUUUUUGAUUUCAAGGUCAUAGUCGGCCAAGGCGCCGCAGAUGAAAUCCGAAAGCUCCUGCCUCGUGGGCCUACCGCCGAGCCGGGUCGACUGCAGCAAAGCACUCGCGCCGUUGUUCGCGUGGACGAAACGGACAAUGCGGACGGAAACCUACAUCUUACCCUGACCGGGUCUGCACACUCAGUACGCAUGGCCCUGAUGGACUUGCUCAAGGCUUCGGGGCACAUCACCGCCGUCAGACUGCUGGAUAACGAUGCGCAAGGCAUGCUGCGGGAUCUUUGGCACCAAGAGAAGACCAACUUGGACUCUGUCACGCUCCUGGAUCGCGACGAGGCCGGUGCGGGCGACCAAGACGACAGGAGUUUGACUUUGACUGCAAAACUGAGCCCGUCUGGAUAUCAGUGGCAGAAAAGUCGCUAUUACGUAUUGAACCGAAGAGCUGACCAGAUUCCAAAACCUGCCGUGUGGACAAUGGAAUCGCUCGAGAAAUACAUUGCGCUUUUGGUGUAUGGUGUUGUACCAGCACAUCUUCAUUCGUCACUGUACAAGAAGCCGACUGAUCACCAGCAAAUUGUCGUUUCUCUGCUCAAUGAAAUUUUUCAUUCCGAGCAAAGUCAUCGGUCACUUUCCACUGAAGCCCUGGCUAUGACUUUGGCCUACAUCCAGAGCAAAGGGCUCACUUUUAGACCAACGGCACGGGCAAUAUUCAAUCAAGCCGAGAUUCGAAACAUACCAAUGGAUACACGAAUAUGCAAUAUCUUUGUUGCUGGGUCUGUGAGAACGGGUGACCUAGACGGGUUUCACAACGUGCUGAAGCUAAUGGCGAGAAAAAGCCUGCACGCUGACAGCGAGACAUGGCUGUCCCUUUUGAAGAUCAUGGAACAGCCUGACGCAAAACACUACAUUCUUCGCAAGAUGCGCAAGUUGGGACUUGAUCGAAUUCAGUCAACACUUGUCAAAGCAGGCCAACACAUGGCGCCUUUCGAAUUGGAAAAAUCACUCAAUAAUAUUCAUUCAAUUACCGAAUUCAUUGAGGAACAAGACGCACAACACGGGGCUAUUUGGCUUGACAGAAUAACCUUCAACAAGCUAGUAGAUGUUCUUGGGAAGAACGGCAAACACAAUAUGUGCCUUGAUCUCCUAGAUCUUAUCUACGAGUCGCGCCGCACAAGCCCAGGGUCGGACACACUGAACACCAUCAUCACCCAUAGCAGGAGCACCCAAGACAUAUUAGAUGUGAUGCGAAAGCUUCGGACAAUGUGGCCUGCAGCAGUCCUGUCCGAUAGAGACACCUAUGAUAUGCUCUUCCAGGUUGCUUGGAAGACACGAAGCCCUAAUAUGCUUCGUGUCAUCUGGCACUAUGCUACUUAUGCUAGACAGGCAAGUUCAAAGUUGCGGUACCGCAUGAACAAGCUCCUCUCCAGUGAAGGACCCCACGACCUUGGCCGGCAUACUCUCAUCAGUCCGUGGAAGGCCGUUAUUGCAGGGGAAACUGCGCUGCCCUUGUUUGAGUCGUCCAAGAAAGAUCAACUCGGGACAAGCAUCGCGAGGUGGAACGGUGCCCAGUCUAAUGUCUCGAGAUUAUCAGCUUCGUUGGAGGACAAGCUAAUCGAAGCUUACGAUAUGGACCGCAAAAUCCACGCGACGCUCAAGGAAGGGGGAAUUGCAAAGGAGGAUAGAGAGAAACUCGUCGUGGAUCUGCCAAUAAUGCCCCGAGACCCAAAACGACUUUCCCUGUGGCCGCCUCCCCCACUGCUGUCGAGUAUUUCAACAUGA